AUGAAGAUUUCCAACCUGUUCGUCGCAGCUCUGAUACCUCUCAGCCAUGCAUCCCCCAAGAUCGUCUCGGCGCCUGAGCUGCAGCUGGUAGAGCUCCUGGAAAAGCACAACCUCGCGCUUGUUCCUCGUUCAGAGUUGACAGAUGCGCUGAAGGAGCUCAAUGUGCUACUCAAGAGCAGCGCCAGUCUCCGAUCGCCAGUCUUGCUCAAACGCCAAAAUUCCACAGACUCAGGUUCCAGCUCGAGCUCAGAUGAUGGAGAGUCUAGCCGGGGCAUCAGUAUUCCUGGACUCGGUGACCUAGGGGAGUCUCUCGGCGGCCUCACCAAGGCGCUCGGAAAUCUCGAGGGCCUUUUGAAAGCUCUCGGUGAUUUGCUCACCCCCGAGUUUCUCCAGGCUUUCCACGAUGCCAUGGUCUACCUCGCCGCGACUUUGAAGCCGCCUGUUCCCAACACCAUCAGGGCGCUUCUCACAAAGGCUGGUCCACUUAUAGAUGUGGUAUCAGAAUUGGACUUGAAGGGACUGGUCGAUGAGAUCAAGGAUGUCGACAUCGCUGGCAUUGUCAACAAGGUCCUCAAGCUCCUCACAACCGACAAUCUCAACAACAUCGACAAUCUUUUGUCAAAUGGUGCAGCUCUUCUGACACCCGGCUUCGUCAACGGCACCCAAUCUCUCAUUCAAGAUGUUUCGCCAUUGCUGGGUGAUCUAUCGCCGUUACUCAAGAAGCUGACGGAUCUUGACCUCGAUGGGAUCCUCCAAGCUUUGGAACCUCUUCUCAAGAAGGAAUCGAUCGAGGAUGUCGUGAAGCUAGUUGAUAGCGCACAAACAUUACUGUCGCCUACUUUCGUCAAGCAAAUCCAGUCCCUCGUCAAGGACGUCUCACCCUUGCUGGGUGAUUUAUCACCACUCCUCAAAAAGCUUACAGAUCUGGACCUUGAUGGCAUUCUUGAAGCUUUGGAACCGCUUCUCAAGAAGGAUUCGAUCGAAGACGUUGUUUCUUUGGUCAAGAACGCAGGAAAUCUACUGUCGCCAAAUUUCGUCAACCAGACACAAUCCCUCAUCGAAGAUAUCGGCCCCGUACUUGGCGACAUCUCACCACUUCUGAAAGAGCUUACAAAGCUGGAUCUCGAAGGCCUCCUGGAAGCAAUUAAGCCGUUGCUCACAGAGGACUCGAUCAAAGGCAUCGUCAGUUUGUUGAAGAAUGCUGGCAGCCUCUUGACACCAAAAUUCGUCGAUCAAACCCAGGACCUCAUCGGCGGGAUUGGCCCAGUAAUCAAGGACCUUUCUCCGUUCCUGAAGGAACUCACCAAGUUGGACCUCGAAAACAUCUUGAAAGCGCUGCAGCCGCUUCUCAAGGAAGACUCUAUCAAGAGCAUCGUGGGCCUCGUGAAGAAUGGAGGAGACCUCUUGACACCCAAGUUUGUUGACCAGACGCAAGAGCUCAUCGGUAGCGCAUCGCCGCUGAUUGAUAAAUUGUCUGAUAUUGACAUCAAGGGGGUUCUGGAUGCUUUGAAGCCGGUUCUUACCAAGGACUCGAUCCAGGGAAUCGUGCAGCUCUUGCGCAACGCAGAAUCGCUGUUGACAAAAGAUACUGUCGCAAGUCUGAAGUCACUUCUUUCUACUGCAUCGCCUUUGAUCAAGAAGCUCUCGGAUAUUGAUCUGAAAGGAGUUCUCGACGCCUUGGCACCAAUCUUGACCAAGAACUCGGUCCAGGGCAUCGUGAACCUGCUACGAAAUGCCGAGUCGUUAUUGUCCAAGGAGGCCGUCGCGAACAUCAAGUCUCUAUUGUCAAGCGCUGGGCCACUCAUCGAAACCCUUUCAGACAUUGAUCUCGCAGGCGUCUUGAAAUCUUUCGCGCCGCUGCUUACCAAAGACUCUAUCAAUGGCAUCGUCGGGCUCCUCGAGAACGCCGAGUCUCUUUUGACGAAGGCCACGGUCAAGGAUAUCAAGACUCUCCUUUCAAGCGCUGGCCCUCUCAUUAAUGGCCUUGGCAAGCUUGACUUGGAGGGAGUCCUUGAGGCACUACAGCCCCUCCUGACCAAGAAUUCCAUCAAAGGCUUGGUUGACUUGCUCGGAAACGCUGAGGAUCUCCUAAGCAAGGACACCGUCAAGAGCAUCAAGUCACUUCUUUCAAGUGCCGCCCCUCUUAUCACUGGUCUUGGCAAGGUUGACCUGAAAGGGGUUCUUGACGCCCUACAACCACUCCUAACCAAGAGUUCUAUCAAAGGUCUGGUUGAUUUACUUGGCAACGCCGAGGAUCUCCUGACUAAGGAUACUGUCAAGAGCAUCAAGUCACUUCUUUCGAGCGCGGCUCCCCUUCUCACCAGUCUAGGAAAGAUUGAUCUGAAGGGGGUCCUUGACGCAUUGGCACCCUUGCUCACCAAAGAUUCCAUCAAGGGGCUGGUUGGACUUCUUAACAAUGCCGAAGAUCUUCUCACCAAGAAUUUUGUCUCCCAAACGAAAUCGCUGAUCUCCAAGGCCGCCCCUCUCCUCGACAGCCUAGACAAGGCCGACUUGAAGGGCUUGCUUGACCAAGUGGGACCACUCUUGAAGGAGAUCAGCAAGCUUGAUCUGGACAAGCUGUUGGCUGCCGUCCAACCCUUGCUCACGUCUGAUUCCAUCAAGGGUAUCGUUCGCCUCCUCGACAAUGCUGAAGAUCUACUGACGAAGAAAUUCGUCAACGAGACUCAGUCAUUGAUCUCUGGUGCUGUUCCUCUGAUAUCUGCACUCGGCAAAGUUGACCUCCCUGAUUUAAUCGAUCAGAUCUCUCCUUUGCUUUCAGAAAUCAGCAAGAUUGACCUCGUCAAGCUGGUCAAGAAGCUAUCUCCGCUCCUUGAUGAGAUCAGUGACCUUGACAUCAAAGGCCUGUUCGAUGCCAUCUCGCCCUUGCUCUCCCCUGACGGCGUGAGGGGCAUCACGGAACUGCUGGGCAAUGCGGAGAACUUGCUCACCAAAAAGUUUGUCAAUCAAACACAUACUCUUAUUGACGAAGCUGUUCCUCUGGUCUCGGCGCUGGGUGAAAUCGACUUGAAGAAGCUUAUCCGUCAACUGCAGCCUUUGCUUCAAGCACUUGGGGAGAUCGACUUCAAGGAUCUCAUCGAGAAGGUCAAGCCAUUGCUCAAUGCUCUUUCGAAGAUAGACCUAGCUGGCUUGGUGAAGAAGAUCCUUCCGAUACUUGAUUCACUGGAAGAGAUAGAUAUCGAGGCCCUUUUCGAUGCCUUGAAGCCCUACCUUACUCCCAAGACUCUGAAGGGUUUGCUUGGUCUUGUGGGCAACGCAGAAGACCUUCUCACUGCCAAAUUUGUCAAUCAAACUCAUACCCUCAUAGGAGGUGCGGUGCCAUUGAUCAACGUCUUGAACAAGGUCGACAUCGAAGGACUGUUCAAGAUAGUCGAACCACUACUGAAGGAGUUGGACGGCAUUGACCUGACGGGGCUCGUUGAUGCUGUGAAGCCUCUUCUCAACGCUCUCAAGAAGAUCGACAUCAAGGGAAUUGUUGAGCAGGUGUUGCCGUUGAUCACGCCUUCCAGUGUUAAGGGCAUUCUGGGGCUCUUGGGCAACGCUGAAUCCCUCCUGAGUCGGACAUUUGUGUCACAAGUGUCGGAGCUCAUUGGUGAUGCAACACCGCUCGUUGCUACUGUAGCAGAUCUUGUUCACGCUGUGCUGAAGGAAUUGAUGGGACGAACGUAA